CGUUAUCAGCUGUCUACUAGAUAAAAGGACAGACAGCUAUCAUGGCGUGUUCUCAGAAGAUGACCUGCGGUAUGUCUACUCGGUACUCUUUGGCUGUCCUUCUUAUGGGGGUGCUCAUCCACUUCCUAACCCUGCGGUCAAACUUCAGCAUCAUCGUCGUUGCUAUGGUUAAACAUUCUCCGAAUUAUGAAGGCAACGGCUCCAGGGAGAACGAGUGUUAUGCAAACACGACCGAGAAUAUAAAAUAUUUCACAAACGAAAGUAUCACGCCAGAAUUGCGUGCUAUCAGCCUUUACAACGAGACCGAAAUAUUUCGACACGAAAACAGUACAGAGCAUCACAGCCAGUUUUCCUGGGACCCCAUCACUCAGGGUCGCAUCAUCGGUGCCUACUCGUACGGCCAUGUCUUCAGUCAGGUGAUGGGAGGGUUCCUGGAGGCCAGGUUUGGUGGGAAGAAAGUUCUCGGCCUGAGCAUCCUGCUCUCCUCCGUUCUGACUCUGCUGACACCCGCGGCUGCUUUCGCUGGAGAAUGGUGGCUGUUUGUAGUUCGGGUGGUGGUCGGAUUUGUGCAGGGUGUCGUGUACCCAAGUGCGUUUGGCAUCUUAUCGAAAUGGUCACUUCCGUCGGAAAGAAGUCGCCUAAUCACUAUCGUCUUUCUAGGUGAGACAUUGGGUGUCAUCGUGGGUUUCUCAUUGACAGCACGUCUCAUCACACAGUUUGGUUGGGCUGUUACCCUGUACAUAACAGGGGUAACUGGACUAGUGUUAUGCUGUAUCUGGUGUCUAUUGGCGUUUGACUCACCUGCAGUUCAUCCUAGAAUUUCUGAAGCAGAAAGGACGUAUAUUGAUGCCAAUUUAGAGAAAACAAAAACGGACAAGAAGAUCCCGUGGGUAAAAUUGUUUUUGUCAGCUCACCUCUGGGUACUGAUCUAUAUCCACUGUACUGAAUGCUGGGGAUUUUUCUUGAUGCUGACCAGUUUACCAUUGUACAUGGAUACAAUACUCAACUUCAAUAUCGACGCGAAUGGAGCUUUGUCUUCAUUGCCAUACCUGACACAGAUGGCAUCAAGGAUCUUAUCUAGUCUCAUCAUUGAUACUGUCAUAAAGCAAUCGGAUUUUAAGAAAGUCAGCAUUCGAAAGACGUGCACAUUAGCUUUGGUUGGGGUUGCCGCCUGCCUUGUAGCCGUUGGUCACGUGAGAUGUGACUCCACAGCAGCCAUCGCCAUGUUGUGUCUGGCCACGGUCAUGUCAGGCGUGAUGAUCCCUGGCUUUUUCCAUGCUUCACCGAACUCAUGUUGGGGUUUUCUGGAGUAGCGUUCGGAAUCAGCAACACUGUGGCAAACUGUGCAGGAUUCAUUGUCCCUAUGGUUGUAGGAAUUCUCACAGACGAAAACCAAACAAUAGAAGCCUGGCAGAAAGUCUUCUACAUCGGCGCCGCCAUUUCCGUUUCCGGUUCCGUCAUGGCUCUGAUGUUCCUCCGGACUGAUCCGGUUUUCUGGGCACAGGACCCGGAUGGAGACAAACUGACGCAGCCAGCACGGGACAAGUUAAUACGUGACUUUAAUGAUGGCGAGAAAGAAUAUUCUUGUACAGAGCUUGUUUACGAGACAACAGUGUGAUGUAAAUAGUAUUGAUAAUGUGCAGUUAUUAGGUGUUGUCAUCAAUACGUUCUGCCGACAUAAUAGUGACCUACUAAUGGUACAUGUAUUUCGAGGAUUUUUAUCAAAUACACUCAAAACAGUUACGAAAUGUAAAUAUAUAUUUCCAUACCAUGGCCCAAACAACAUUUUACCUGACGUUUGUAAUACAGCAGAACAUUUUCUCUCUUUAUGUACGGUUUGAUGAGAAAAUGAGAAAUGCAUUCAUUUAGUUGUUUUAUGAGUGAAUUUGAGAGUGUUUUAACUGUACUUCCUGGAAACUCCAAAUGAAUUCAAAGUCAAUUAGUUUGAAAUAAUUGUUUGUUGUUUACAGUAUCCCUGUAUAGAGCCCUAACACCGAUUUGUUAAUGGUGACGUGAACCAAGUGUUUACAUUCAUAUAG